AGUCAGUAAUGUUGUGUUAGACGGUGCCUAUAUUUUACUUGCCCAUUUGAAGUUUUAUUACGGUUAUUUUUUUUUUAAUUAAAUGUUAGUUGAUACAAAAGGAUUUCCAGAGUGGUGGGGAAAAGUAGCGUUAAAGUUUCAGCAGGCUUUUGAGUAAGAGCUAACGUCUUAGCUAGCUACUAGUUUUGUCUCGUCUUCUCUGAACCUCCUGACAGAAAGUUGGAAAGCAGCUACUGAGGUACUGUGGUAAAUUCGGUCAGCUCAUCACCCCCACCAUCAGGAUGUUCAACCCGCACCAUCACCAUCACCAGCACCAGCAGCAGCAACAGCAGCAGCAGCAGUUUCAUCAGCACCUCCGUCAGCUACAGCAGCUGUUCCAGCAGCAGACACCGCCGCCUCCACCACCUCCUCCUCCUCCACCGCCGCAGCCUCCACCGACGCAUCAUAUCCCCCAUCACCACGGGGGAGGCCGGCAGAUGACUGUCCAGGCUCCAGCGCCUCCUCCGUCCCGCAUGGUCAACCUCUGCUCCGCCACCCAGACCAUCAUCGCCCCUAAUCCCAUGCUGCAAGGCGCAUUACUGAUGCAGCAGAUGCAAGGGGGCAUGCGGAGCUUUGCCAUGGGUGGACAGCAAUUCCAGCAGUUUUUUACCGCGGGCUCAAGAUCCUCCAUUUUGGGUCCGGUUCCACUGGGGGUUGCUAUUAAGACUCCACAUAUGGGAUUUCCUCCACGACACUUCCACCCUCAUGCUCGCUAUUUCAACAAUGACUUUCAUUCACGACAACCGGACAGGAAGAGAGAGAACGAACACAGACCCGCGAUCGGCCCCGACAGCCAGCUUGGGGCGAGCAGCAGCCGAGAUGAAACCACAGCAGUUGCAGACGUCAGCAGUCAGUCGUCCACGCAGCAGCCGGAUGAGCCAGCUGCGAAGAAACCGAGAACAGCAGGGCCGAAUGAUCCGCUCGAGACCGAAGCCUCUCAGAGUACCGAGUAUGAACGCACUUCUGAAGAUCCUGAUACUGCAGAAGAAGACGGGACAGUAGCCGGAUCCGAGGCAGCCGAGGCACUGGAGCAAAGCCGGGCAGCUGAGCAGGGGGAAGGCCCAGAGUCUUCACUCAGAGACACCGAUCAGCAGAGCGGUUCAAGCCAGUCGGAGCCUGCGGGAUCGGUGACCGUAGCUGACGAUAAAGACGACACCACCAGGAGCAGUGACGGGGCUAGAGGAGGAGGAGGAGGAGGAGAAACUGCUAGCAAAUUCUGCUGCUAUAUCUGUAACAUCACCUGCCACAACCAACAGAAUUUCCAGAGCCAUAUGAAUGGACUGGCCCACCAACAGAGGAUGAUGGAAAUCCAGCACAUGAGUAAUGCCUGCCUCGUCACACUGCUGCCUCGCGUACAGGAGUCUCUGCAGGGGUCACGCAAAGACGGUGAGAAAAGACCAGGUCUGCAGAGGUGGUGUUCCAUCUGCAAAAUCCACUUCACUACUAAUGUCAUGGAUCAUUGUAAGACCAGGGAGCACAAGAUCUUUAGCCGUUCUUCGAGUCCCAGCUGUACUGUCUGUAAGCAGCAGUUCACCACGUCUAGAGAGUUCAUCGAACACAUGCAGUCUGCCGAGCACAAGCAGCGCACGGAGCAGGUGUUGAAAGAGACCGGGAAAGGGAACCUGGACGAAUUCGGUUUGGAGGUGUACACCAUGGGCACCGUUGAAGGCAUGGACAGCGACGAGGACGAGAAGGCUGAUGAAGAAAACGGACAGCAGGAAGGGCUGCCUAUACAGAUGGAGGUCACUUUGGAAGAUAUGACUGAGGAGGAAGAGUUUGACUCCGACACUGUAUACGGUUCCAACUUCGUAAUUCCCGUGGCCGGGUUUCUGUGCCGGCUGUGUAACGAGUUCUAUCACUACGAGGCAUCAGCACGACACUCUCACUGCAAGACACGCCAACACUUUGAGAAUCUAAAGAGAUAUAAAGCAUUAAAUAUUCAGGAAGCUUCAGCUUUACAGACCUCAGAGUCAGACUGCACCUCAGAGGAUCAUCAAACCAAGGACACGGAGUCUCCUAGCAGUUCCUCUUUAAGUGACCCUGCUGUGAGCAACAGUAGACUAGUGUCCACUGGAGCAGCUACUGAUCAGGGAAGCAUUAUCACCACUACCACCACCACCACCACCACCACCACCAGCAAAGGGAGUAACAGCAGCAGCAGCAUUAGCAGCGUGCCGCCUUCCCCUAACCAGCAGCCUGCUUCUGGAUCUCCCACUCGGUCCAGAGAAACGGAGGAAGACGCAGUCACGGAAGAGCCAGAUGAAGAGGACGAUGUUCUCAGCGGCGUCCCUGAAGAGAAGACGAGCAGAGGGCGCGGUAGGACGCCCACCAAGAAAAGAGGGAGGGGAGGAAGACGACGCUGAGCGCUGGGGUCGAGAUGGAGGAACGAGCUGCUAUGGAGAGAUAGAAAGAGCGGGAAUAUUUCAUUCGAUAUCCGUUACCCAUCCUCUCUCGUUCACUAAGAGUGGGAAGCCAGGACAGUAGGACAGUAAUAUCUAUAGAGAGUAGGUCUUUUAUUCAGCCAUUUUGUAGGCCCUAGAUUUUACAUCUUAAAACCCUCACAGGUUAUAGUAUUUAAAUUUUUUUUUCCCUUUUAUUUUCCUCUUUCUUUUGAGAAUUAUUCAGAACGUGUGUAAAGAUCGACAUGUGAAAGGAUCUGGCACAUUUCCAUCUGUUGAGAUCUGUAAGAGAUGGUUAUUUUUCAUGUUCUCUUUUAGGAAGAACAUCUCGCGCACCCACGGCACAGUUCUAGAUACUUUUAUUCCCCUUCUACAUGCUCCGCUCAAUCUAUAGACUCGCUCCAUAGCGCCCUCUAUCUUUCAGGAUGGGUUCUACUACACUUGAUCCCUCACAAGCUUGUAGUGACUUAGAAUGUAGCAACGUUUUACUUUUACACCGGACAGCUUUGAAACCAGCUCUGAAUUUUCACUGCUGCAGCAUUUUCUCGCCGUCUCUUCUCUUCUACAUUUCUGUUCCUGAUAAAAUAUUGCUCUAUUUUUUUUCUUCUUCCCCCAGUAGAGUUCAGUUGUAUGUUUACUGGAACAUGCUGCGAAUUAUCUUUGUUGUGAGAGUUUCAUCUUGUGCCUGUUGUGCCUGGAACAGGCCCAGGGCCCAGGUGCCACGUUUCCCUGAGGACGCCCUGCCUGCCAGACAGCAGUGCGCUGAGAUUGUGAGUAGGGGAGGAGGACUUGCAGCUGUGAUCCGUUUCAUCUUCCUCAAACUCCCCAGACUGCUGGUGCUGAUUCCUCCCAAUUUCCACCGCUCUUUCAGGAAGGCUGAGUUUCAGCUCCCUCCAAGUUCUCCUCCUCUAAGUUCCUCACGGCUACGUCCAGUACCGAGACUUCCUCGUGAUGGACAGCGAGCUCUUUCAUAAGCUAGUGGUUCUUUUUGAUGUUCUGAAAACUGUGUUUGUCAAUCAGUUUUAAUGCCCUCUCGUUAGCAAGCUGCUUCUCUUGUUCAGUCAGCAGUGAGGCAUUGUUGUCAGUCUUACUAACGGAUGCUUUCGGAGAGCACUGGAUGUAUUCGGACUUGUCCUGAAAGUUCUUCAACGUUCAGUCGGGGUCGGACUGUAGUUUUUGGAUCCGCUGUUGAUGCUCAACACUCCCCACUUUCUUGAAUUGCUGCCAAGCUUGACGGCGAACCUGUAGCUCCGCAACCUGGGCCUGUACACUCGUCAGCUCCCUGCGCAACUCUACCAGCUCUUCCUUCUGGAAACAUGCGAGCUUUAGAUCGCUAGAUCCACUUCUUUCUCCUCGAGCUGCUCCUCCUGCUCCUUGGCUUGCUUGCACAGUGCACCGAGGUGUCCCUGUUGCUCCUCUCGCAGCCAAUCUCGCUGUUCAACAACUAAGUAAACCUGAGUACAGUCCUUGGUUUAUUUAAUUCAGGGCGAAUCCUGAACAGAGACCUGUGAUGCUCUUGGAUAAAUCAUCCUUGGUUUGUUCUUCACGUCAUUGCUGUGUCUCCUGGGGAAAAGAAAGCAUGGAAACAAGCAAUGUUAUGCUACUCGGUACGAGUUGUACGCAUGAAGCCCUCUUAAAUUGGAUCAGUCUGAAUGUGUUAGGAUGCCCCCGGGUUGCCCGUCUACAGCAGACGAUGACCUCGUUUGACCCGAGCUCGAAGAGAAGAAGCCGUACCUUCAGUUUAGCUCUAGCAGGAUCACAUAAAAGCCAGCGCUCUUUAAAGAGAAAGAAAGUGUUACUUCACGAGUUUUGUCUUUCUUUUUUUCUUUUUUUUUAGCCUAGAAUCCGGGAUUCUUGAGCAUCAUCCUAGUGUUUUGGUGGAGUUGUUGUUGUUAUUGUUGUUAUUAUUAAUGUCGUUAGCUUUAGCUGGUUGUUCGACCACGCCGUUCGUCUUUCAUGCUCCUAUCUUUAGGUGACUGUAAUCUAAUUAAAUGUUGUUUUUUGUUUUUUUUUAAAAGCGCUAAUUUUCAAAAGCCAGCAAUCCUUUCAUUCAUUCAUUUCAUUCACUCAGUUUAGUUUACAGCUAUCGUAUGCGGUCCAAAUCCAGGAAGGAGAUCACGGAUACACAAAUGAGAGGAUGAUGCAAACUAUCUGAAAUACCGCGAUCUGAAACUAUCUGAAAUACCACCCUGUAGAUCGUUGUCGUGUUGGUCAAAUGAAAAAGACGAGAUCUCACGGUUGAGUGUAAAAGCAUCUCCGGACCUUUCCGUCAGUCUGCUGGUCCAAUGUCAUUAAAUCAUCUCUCCUA